CCUGUUGACGGUGCCGAGUUUCUCCCUGAUCAACAUUUUGAUAUUUCUAUCGAACUGCAUAACAUUGGUGCUACUGCCACUCCCGAUCUAUCACAACUUAAAGCCACUAUCAACAAUGUUCCCAUUGAUAAAUUUUUCAAAUCUUCGUUUGCUGCUGCCGAAUCCUGGAAUUUUACCUAUGCCGUCGAUGGUGCUGCCCGUGACGCCAAUCAAAUGACCACUGUCACUGCUACCCGUCUUGCUCUCCGAUCCGUUGCAAUCAAAAAGUCAGGCGACUAUGUUUUGUCUCUCAAGAGCGGAAACCAAACUGUUGAUGCCACGUGGACUGUUCGCAAGAUUAGCAGCCGAAAAACUAAAAAUCUGGUUUUAUUUAUCGGUGAUGGUAUGGCACCAUCCAUGAUUGCUGCUGCUCGGUAUAUAUCCAAAACUACCAAGUUUGGCAAGUUUGGGUCCAAUUUUCUGGAACUCGAAAAACUUGGCUCGAUUGGUAAAAUUGCAACUAAUGGAAUCGACGCAAUCAUUACUGAUUCUUCAAACUCUGCAUCUGCAUAUCUUACUGGUCAAAAAGGCUGGGUGAGUGGUCUGAACGUGUAUGCCGAUACAUCUGAUGAUAUUCUUGACGAUCCUAAAGUUGAAACACUUGCCGAGUAUAUUCGUGGUAAUCGACCCAAAAUGUGCAUUGGUGUUGUUACCACUGCAGCCAUAUAUGACGCUACUCCUGCAGCAAUGUACUCGCACACUCGUUCCAGAUACGAAUAUCAGUCAGUUGCAGACCAAAUGCUUAAAGUAAUCAAGCCAAAUAAUUUGACAUGGACGCCAAAACCAGUACAAGCUGACGUACUGCUUGGUGGAGGUGGUUCGACAUUCUGCCUCAAAACCAACGGUACAGCUUGCAAAUCACCCGUUGACUAUUAUGCUCUUUACAAGAAAUUCGGAUACAAUGUAGUCAAGUCCAAGGCUGAGCUUGAAAAGGCACCUACUACUGAACCGCUUCUUGGUAUUUUUACUGCUUCGCACAUGGAUACAUGGUACGAUCGCACUCUUCGUCUUGAAAACUUGAAACUCAACAAAAAGUCUGGUCCAGAUGGUGUUGGUUCUGCACUCGAUCAACCUGGUCUAGAACUUAUGACUCAAAAAGCCAUCGAGGCACUAUCCGAUCCUAAACGAUGCUCUGAUGGAUUUUUCCUUAUGGCCGAAGCCGCAUCUAUCGACAAGGCAAUGCACGCAUUAGACUAUGAUCGUGGUCUUGCUGAUCUGCUCGAACUAGAUCGCACUAUCAAGGCCACCAAAGACUGGGCGUUGAAACAUGGUGACAAUACUGCGAUUAUUGCCACUGCUGAUCAUUCACAGGCAUUUGACACUUAUGGUACUGUUGAUACCAAGUACUUGAACGCGCUCCCAGACGAUGAUACCAAUAUUCUUGGUGCUGGUAAAGAUGCAGGCAUUCAGUUCCAAAAACAUCUUGCUAUUGGUGAAUAUGAUACGGCUGGAUGGAUUGACUCUGUUAUGGAUGAAAAUGACAUGCCAACCAAAUGGCAAGGACGUUACCGUCUUGCCACUGGUAAAGUAGAUGGUCCUCAGAGUGUUGAAAACUGGCAAAUUCGCGACAAUACUGUGCUUAGGGACAUAUUCAAUGUCACUGGCUGGCAAUCCAUUUACCAAGCCAACCCGGCUGAGCCAUCUGGUAUCAAAAAGAGCGGCAUGAACCCUCCAACAGAUGAUCAAAGUGUUCACUCUCUUCAAACUGUCGAUAUUUAUUGUCAUGGACCAUCUAACUGGCGCCAGCACUGUGCCAAAGUCAUGGACAAUACAGAACUAUUCUUCAUUAUGGCAGAGGCACUUGGUCUUGGAUUUCGAUCUACCUACAGAAACAACUAA